UUUUCCGAUAUCGUUCUCUGUUUAUACAACAUAAGGUGUGUGCGAAAGAAAUCUAAAUACCUUACUUGUCGAUUUAAGUUUAUUCAAAGAUUAGUUUGAAUGCAUGUGUAUAACCGCACAAAUGACUGUAUCAGGUGAAAAGCUUUAUUGCAUAGACAUGUUCGUCAAGGCAUUUAUUUUAAUGGUAUUGUCGACAGUUAUUACAUGUAACGGACAGGAUAAGCCAUAUUGUACAGGAGGCAAUUAUAAACGGGCACAAAAUGCUUGCAAUAACGCUUAUGGAGGACCGCCAAGCUCAGAUUUAUCACUGAUAUGCGAAAGCUUGAAUUGUUUUUUACAAUGUCUGAAGGACGCAGUUUCGGAUUGUUGGAAAACUGACCAGCUUUUCACCUAUGACUUAAACACAACUGUAGUACAAUUUAGAGCAAUGUGCCAGGAUCUCAAAAAGACAAAAAAAGCCCAGACCGUUUGCAAUCCAACAUCAUGUAAGAAUCAAUACUUAAAUUCCAAUUAUACUGAAAGAAUGCGAGACUUAUUCAACAACGGAGAUUUUGCAGAGUAUAAGAAAUUACAAUGCAGGUUUGCAAGGGAUACACUUAACUGCAUAUCAACGGCCCCUGUUCGACCAGAUUGUACCACUGAGCUAGAGGAGUUGAGUAAAGGGAUUGAAACGGUCAAAUAUUCUUGGUCAGAGUGUGGUAUUGCGCAAGAUCAUCAAUUUUUCAAAACCUACGCAGACAAAGAUACACCUUGUCCUAAUCCAGCAAUAAAUAGCAAUUGCCUUUUAAUACCUUUGACACAAAGAGUCUCAAAAUGUCUUAAGAUACCAAGUUUGACGUCAGGGUCAAGUGGGCUCAUGGAAAAUGUUUGUUCAGAUAUUGAGUGUAACUUGAAGUGCUACUUAAGUGCCAUCGGUGAUUGUUACAAAGAGGACAGACUUUUCAACAUGGAUCCCAAAGUCAUUAAAGUUGUUGGCAGAGCGAUUUGUGACAACAGGCAAGGUAUAAUAUCACCUCUAAACCUAUGUCCUGUUAAUAAUCAGACAUGUGUAGAUGAAUUUAACAGCGCUUGGACAGAAGCUAGCGCGCAUCUUAUGAGCGGGGACUACACCGAAUUUAAAAGACGCCUAUGCCGGGCUUCAAAAGACUUUAGAGCGUGUGUAGACGUUACAGUCACAAGCACGUGCAUAUCUUCCAUAGCAGAACAAGCAAGGGACAUAUAUCAGGUUGGAUAUAGCUAUGCUGCCUGUGGACCUCAAGACCACGCCUAUUUUACAAAAUAUGGUGGAGAUGUUAACUGUAUUACAUCCGCAAACUCACGUUUGAUGACAUCUUUUAUUGAAGUCAUGUUAUUCGCUGUGAUUUUGAUGAUGUGGCUAUAAAUUACGCUGCUACAAUUUUGGCAUUUCACAUUGUUAUAAGCCAUGAUGUUUUGUUAUGCCCCCGAAGGGAGACAUAUUAGUUUUCAACUGUCCGUCCGUUAAUUAGUUAGUUAGUUCAUUCGUUCGUCACAACGUUAACUUUUUGCACGAAGGCACUUUACUCGCGAACCACUGCACCCAGGACCUUCAAACUUCACAUGCUGAUAGUACUUAUUGAGUACACCACCCCUACUGACUUUGGGGUCACCAGGUAAAGGUCAAGGUGCUGCGGGAGCAUUUGUCACCAUUAGUGACAGCUAUUGUUUCUCCCAUACUUUUAAGUAUCUUGUACAUAUAUUCUCGCACAGAAACUGCUUUUAGAGAGAAAAAAAAAUACAGUGUAAACUACGCAAGUUACGUAUUCUAUUUUACUUCAUUUUACAAAUACUAUUCAAGAGAAAAGCAAUUGUUUACAAACAAAAAUGAAACAUCGGGAAUCAAAGUCUUGAUUUUUAUCUUUUUAAAAAGCGUCCUAUUUUGUAAUAUGAGAAAUGCUUACAUAUGUAACAAUAAAAUACUCAAAAUAUUGCAACUUUUGCAAUUGUAAUUACAUCAACAUUGAUAAGAAAUAUUAUCUGGUAUGUUUUUAUUUGCAUGUUAUCUCACAGAAUUCAUAUAAAUUUUGGAACCGGUCAAAUCAACUAAAUGAUAUUAAAUAUUUUACUAUAAAUGCUUACUGUA